AUAAGUUUGUAACGGGCCACUCCUUUCGCUCGCAAAUUUCCAAACGAUGCGCGUACUUAAUGUGUUUGACGGAUUUUUUUAACUUUCUAAUAAGUAUAUGAUCGCGGUAAUGCUCGUUGCAUUCAGCACUCAUUAAUUCAUAGAUUCGAAGUUGGAAAGUCGCAAUUUUAAGAUAAAAUGUUGAUCUGGGUUUUUUUAUUAUUUCUGGUCUGUGGAGAUGGCCAGUUUACUUCAGAAAUAACGGAGUCGACUCCUAGACUUCCAUGGAAUCGUUACGAUGAUCAGGAUCAGAAUAUAGGAGGUUUUGGAUUUCGAAAUCCAGGACAAAAUGAUAAUGUUAUAAUUAAGGAAUCCACGUACUUUAUAGUUGCAUCUCGCAUGGUUCGACCAGGUCAGGUGUAUCGAGUUGCUGUGAACAUUCUACAGAGUUUGUUACCUAUGACAGUGCGUACAUCUAUUCAACGCAAUGGUGUGGAAAUUGCAGCAGAUUUUCAAGAAGUAAAAGAAGGCAUACCGGAAACUUUAAUGAUGCGCAUGCCAUCGACUUCUGUGGGUGGUCACUAUAAACUACGAAUAGAGGGAUUGUAUAACAAUCUUGAGGGUGGCCAAGCGUUCUUGAAUGAGACUAAUUUGAUAUUCUCGCAACGUUCCAUGACUAUUUUUAUACAAUUAGACAAACCUGUGUAUAUGCAGGGUGAUACAGUGCGAUUUAGAACGAUCCCGAUAGACACAGAAUUGAAGGCUUACAACAACCCUGUGGAUAUAUACAUGUUGGAUCCGAACAGAAGAAUUAUGAGAAGAUGGCUCAGCAGACAAAGUAAUCUAGGCACAGUAUCGCUGUCGUAUCAACUGUCCAACCAACCGCUUUUUGGAGAAUGGAUCGUGCAAGUAAUAGCGCAGAAUCAAGUGGAGGAGAAGAAAUUCCUGGUGGAAGAGUAUUAUCAAACACGUUUUGAGGUUAAUGUCACAAUGCCAGCGUUUUUCUUUAACAACGAUCCUUAUAUUUAUGGCAUCGUCCAGGCGAAUUACACCUCGGGUGCACCGGUGAAGGGUAAUCUGACUCUGAAAGCCAUCUUCAAGCCGCUGGAAAGAGGAUAUAAUCCUAACGUGGCGAUCGAGCCGAUAGAAAGAUUUUUCGAUUUCAACGAAAUUUAUCCAUCGUGGUUUAAACCUCUCAACUGGUUCAGCAGAGAGCCGGUGCUGAGGUUCUUCAACGGAACUUAUCACUUCCAAUACUCUAUGCACGAAUUAUUCAACUUUGCUCCGUCCAUGGAGGCGAUGGAGGUCACCGUGGUCGCAACGGUAGGUGAGAGAUUUCUGGACGAAGUGGUCGUCGGCUAUUCCACAGCGAGAAUUUUCAACUCCACUACGAAGAUUCGUUUCCUCGGUGGCAGUCCGCAGGUAUUCAAGCCAGGAAUGCCAUUCACGCUAAAUUUGGUCGCAUCCUUCCACGACAACUCGCCGCUGCGACCCAGGCAGCUCCGAGACGCACUCCUGGAGAUUCACGCGGAGGUUGAUAUGCGAGCUGGCGGACGUCGUAACAUCGAUAUUCAGCGUCCGUUGCACUCACCGGAGCGCAAAGACGUGUGGACCGUAAAGAUGGAUCUCAGAAAACAGUUCAAAUUGGAGAAUAACGAUAUCGCAAAUCAGGUGUUGAACGACGUCGCUUCUAUGAAGCUCACCGCUUAUUUUAUCGAUGGCGAGGGUCACAGGACGCAGACCGAACUGCUGUUGCUUGCUCACGAGUCUCCGAAUAUGAAACACAUUAAGGUAUCAACGUCCACGGAGAAGGCCAAGGUUGGCGAAUACAUGGUAUUCCAUGUGCAAACCAAUUUCUAUAUUGAAACCUUUAACUACAUUAUCAUGGCCAAGGGUAUAAUACUCCUGGCUGGAGAGGAACACAUGCAGAACAGCAUAAGAACCUUCGCGAUACCUCUGAGUCCCGAGAUGGCUCCAGUUGCAACGGCAGUAGUGUACUACGUUGGUCGUUACGGCGACGUCGUGGCGGACUCGCUGACGUUCCCGGUGAACGGCAUCUCGCGUAACAAUUUCACCGUGUUCAUCAACAACAUGAAGUCGAGAACGAACAAGCGCGUCGAGGUGGCCAUUUAUGGCGAGCCCGGUGCUUACGUCGCUCUGUCGGGCAUCGAUCGAUCGUUCUACACAAUGCAGGCGGGUAACGAGUUAUCGUACGCAAACGUGAUUACGAAGAUGGCGCAUUUCGAUGAGGAGACCAACGGCACGCACUCGCACACUUGGCAGUAUCACGACGGCGAUCCGGAUGAGAUUGUGUACUUCCCGUCGUCGACCUUCGGCAUCGACGUCAAUCGCACGUUCGAUUACAUCGGCCUAGUCGUCUUCACAGACGCCGUGAUACAUCGACGGUCCGAACUCUGCAAUCGCACACAGGGAUACGGCGAGUGUCUAACCGGUCGGUGCUACCGGAUGGAGAAAAGAUGCGACGGUGUGUUCGACUGCGAGGACGGGACGGACGAGACGCGAUGCACUGAACGAAAUGCGACCGACAUCGCGCAAUUCCGCAAGUGGCGUUUCAACCGGAUCCAGCGGCACUACGAGAACGUCUGGCUGUGGAAGGACAUCAAUAUCGGCCCGCACGGUCGGCAGAUCUUCAACAUAGACGUGCCGCGAAGACCGGUCCACUGGAUGGUCACUGCGUUCAGUGUGUCGCCCAGCAUCGGCUUCGGCAUGUUGCCGAGGGCGCUCGAUUAUACUGCGAUUCUACCAUUCUAUAUCAACGUGGAGAUGCCGACUCACAGCAAGCAAGGCGAACAGAUCGGCAUUCGCGUGUCUGUCUUCAACUAUAUGCGCUACGACAUUGAGGCAACAGUGGUGCUGACUGACUCCAAAGACUACAAAUUCGUCCACGUCGAGGAUAACGGCAUCGUGCAAUCGUAUUCGCCGCGCACCUCCUUCGGCGAACACCAGUUCUUUAUUUGGAUCCGUUCCCAGGACGUUAGCAUCGUUUAUUUGCCUAUUGUGCCAGUGAAACUCGGCGACAUCAAGAUCCACAUCUACGCGAACACUCUCAUCGGCAAAGACUCCGUGACGCGCAUUCUGCACGUCGAGUCUGACGGGUUGCCGCAGCACCGGCACGAAUCGCUCCUACUGGAUCUCAGCACGCGUUCCUACGUGGUCCGGUACUUGCAUGUAAACAUCACUGAGACGCCGAUCAUACCGUACGACGAGAAUCGUUACUACGUAUUCGGAUCCAACAAGGCAACUCUCAGCUUAGUUGGCGAUGUGGUGGGACCGAACUUCCCGACGAUGCCGGUGAACGCGACAAGUCUUAUAAACCUGCCGAUGGACUGCGCCGAGCAAAACAUGUUCAGCUUUGCCGCGAACAUGUACAACACUCUGUUUAUGCGUCAGAUCAAUCAGCGUAAUCGCACGCAAGAGAGGGAGAGUUUCUACUAUAUGAACAUCGGCUAUCAGCGGCAGUUGUCGUUCAUGAACCCAGACGGAUCCUUCAGCUUCUUCCGUACCGAUUGGAACCAGUCGUCGCCGAGCGUUUGGUUGACGGCAUUCUGCGCGCGAAUUUUCCAAGAAGCCAGCUUCUACGAAUGGGAAAACUAUCUAUACAUCGAUCCUGAGGUUAUCGCACAGGCAGUUUCCUGGAUAUUGAAACAUCAGACGCCGGAAGGCUCAUUCUACGAGGUGACCUGGCUGCCGAAUCGAAAGAUGAACAGCUCGUUGAACUACGAAUAUGACACGGUCGCCAAUCGAAACAUUAGUCUCACCGCUCACGUACUCAUCACGUUGGCGAGCGUUAAAGAUCUCACCGGCGGCCUGGGUUCUGAGGUAGCUCUGAGCGCGGCCAGCGCUAUCAAAUGGCUGGAAAGAAACAUGAGACUACUGGAGGAGCGCGGCAAGCCCUACGAAGUAGCGAUAGUGGCGUAUGCGCUCUUAGUAGCGAAAGCCUCAACUGCCGAGCAAGCCUUUAGCAUUCUGCAGAAACACUUGCAGAAAGAGGGUGAAUAUUUAUACUGGGGUAGAGAAAAGGUGGGGCUACCCCCGGAGAAAAUCGAGAAUCAGAAGCCUUUCCGGUUACCGCGUUUACCCUACAAGUACGACUCGGAAAACAUAGAGGCAACCGCAUAUGGACUGCUCGUGUACGUCGCCCGGCAGGAAGUUGAUACAGUGCCGAUAGUGAAGUGGCUAAACGCGCAGAGAUUAACGCAUGGCGGAUGGGCGACCACUCAGGAUACCGUUUGGGCGAUGACAGCGCUGAUGGACCACACCGUGAAAACGAGGAUCAGAGACGUCAGUGAGCUCGAAGUCACGAUAGAAGCUACCUCUUUGCCGGAACAGAGAAAGAGACUGUUUGUAAACAACAAGAAUCUAGCGAAGCUUCAAACUAUUGAGAUACCAGAAGCAUGGGGAACAGUGAAAGUUCAGGCAAAAGGCGCGGGCUACGCCAUUCUGCAGAUGCAUGUGCAGUAUAAUGUGGACGUAAAGAAAUUCCAAACGCAGCCACCUGUACAAGCUUUCGAUCUGUACACCAGAGCGAAUUUCCACGGCAGAAAUCAGUCUCAUAUCUCGUAUCUUAGUUGUCAAAGAUGGACGAAUAUCGAAGAAUCUUCGCGUUCCGGUAUGGCUGUGUUGGAUGUAGCCAUACCGACCGGCUACAUAAUUCAGCAGCAAAAUCUGGAUAAGUACAUCUUGUCGAAACAAGUAAGGAAUCUCCAGAGAGCGCGUUUCUUGGAGAGAAAAGUGCUCUUCUACUUCGAUUAUCUCGAUAGCGAAGAGACGUGCGUAAACUUCACCGUGGAACGUUGGUAUCCAGUCGCGAAUAUGUCGCGAUAUCUCCCCAUUCGCGUUUACGAUUACUAUGCGCCAGAACGAUUCAACGAAUCUAUAUUUGACGCACUGCCUACGUACACCUUAAAUAUAUGCGAGGUUUGCGGUAGCUCGCAAUGUCCCUACUGCCCAAUUUACAAUGCCGCCACGCUUUUAGCCACGCCGGCAGGUUUCCUGCUUAUCGCGUCGCUUGUCGUCACGAUAACAAGGUAUUUCCGAACGCAACAAUUCAACGACGGCUAACAGUAAUAUGCAAAGGUGAAAGUAUUCGAACUUUUUCAUUUUCAUUGCCAUUUUGCCUCUGCCAAUGUAGCCCAAACAUAUGGAACGCUACGAUGAUCAAAACACAGUAUAUACAUGUACAUGUCCACGAGAAUCUCAUUUCUAAAUAUCUAAAGAAUCUUUUUUUUAUAUAAUCUUCCAAAAAUGAUAUAUAUGUGUGGUUAGAAAACAAUAACGUCGUAAAAACAAAUUAAACUACACAAAAUGAUCAUCAUUACGAAAUAAUUAUGACUAUAAAUUUAUUUUUUUCA